ACGUGGAGUCCUUUCCCUCUCACCCUCGUUAACCUUUCUCUUCCUUCAGCAGCCCUGCCACCUUUUCUUCUUCUUUUCCCCUGUUCCCCGAAGUAGGUCCGGAACUAAGCGCCAACACUAGCAGUGGUGGUGGUGGUGGUGAUGGAGGCUGGUGGCAGCGGUGGUGGUGGUGGAGGAGGAGGGGGAGGAGGAGGGAGGAGGAGACUCGGUAGCAGAGAGACCAGCCCAGACCGGGCUAGAGCAGGCAACACACAGCAACAGCAGCAGAGGUUAGCGAGGCCUAUGAAGAAGGUCCAGGUCAUAUACUAUCUUAGUAGGAAUGGACAGCUCGAGCACCCCCACUUUAUGGAGCUCCCACAGCUCCCAAACCAACACCUUCGCCUCAAAGAUGUGAUAGAUAGGUUGACGGUUCUCAGAGGCAGAGGCAUGCCAUCCCUGUUCUCGUGGUCUUGCAAGAGGAGCUAUAAGAAUGGCUAUGUGUGGAAUGACCUGGCGGAGAACGACAUCAUCUACCCAGCUGAUGGCGCCGAAUACGUUCUCAAAGGCUCGGAGAUCAUCCAAGCUUGUUCUGAGAGCUUUGCACACGUAAAGAUCACCAACAGGCAGCCAAAACCAUUGCAAAUUUCCCUUAGCAGACAACAAAUAGAAGUGGAAGAGGAGGAAGAAGGAACAGAGGAGGAAGAGGAAGGGGAACAGGAGGUAACAGAAGAGGAGGUGGUGGGCAAGUUCGGUAAGGUCACCCCGACCGGGGGUUACAGUAGUAGACGGUGCUCCCGCGGCAUUUCGACGGACGAGAUCGAGCGAGUCGAGAAGCCGAUCAAAACCCGGGACCAACCCACCGAGCUUUCACUCGACGACGCCUCCCCGCCCUCCUCCUCCUCGUCAGACAAAGCCCCGGCCGCCCACCGGUUCGAAGACGGCGACCCCGUGGGCGAGCCCGGUCAGACGCGGAACUCGGUCCUGCUCCAGCUCAUCGCGUGCGGCUCGGUGGCGGUCAAGGGCCGGGCCGCGGGCGGAGGCGGCGGUGUCAGCGGCGGCGGAGGGCUGCUAAAGGCCGCCGUGUCCUCUGCCGCCGCCGCCGCGGUCGGCGCAUCGUCCCUGGCCGGCGGGAGGAGGGGCAGGGCGUCGAACAAGGGGUUGGUGAGUCGAUUCGCGAGUCGGCCGGGGGAGGAGGACGAGUUGCGCUCCGUGUCGGAGAACCCGCGGUUCGGUCACCUCCAGGUGGAAGAAAAGGAGUACUUUAGUGGGAGUAUCGUGGAGGGCAGCAGGGGCCCACCAGGGCCCUCACUUAAGAAGUCCAACUCAUAUAACGAAGAAAGGAGCUCAAAGCUUGGAAUUGGAGAAACAAGGUUAGAGGUUGAGGAGGAGACAGAAGGAGUAAAAGGAAAGUGUAUCCCUGGCAGAAAGAAGUCCUCUGCCAAGCAGCAGCAGCAGCAGCCGCCCAAGAAAGGAUCCCAAUAAAUUGAUGCCCCUUAACUGUUCCUAUGUUGUUAAUGCGUUGUUGAAAAGGUCGUCUAAUUUCCCUAUUUCUCUCUCUUUCUCUCUGGGGGCAGUGUUAACUGUACUUUAUCGGUUUGACUUUGUUUGCUGACAAGAUAUAUUGGGGAUGGUUGGUAUUGGGCCCUGCAAGGAUUUAAUGUUCCCAACAUAGUUCUUGUUUGGAGUAGAUACUAGAUUCCGCUCUCCUGUUAAAUUUCUCCAGCAUAACGCCAUGGGUCUGAUUUGUGGAUUUCUUAAGAUCUUUCUCUGGAUAUGCUAUCA